CCGAACCCAAGGCAACCCCGCCUUCGUAAUCCGCGUUAUCUCCGAGCUCUUCCUGAGUUGUAUUACGUGUCUGCACCCUGUUCGUGAGCACAGGCGGAGCGGGCUGUGGGCACUGUGCAUCUGAGGUGAAGGUCGGCGGGGAGAUCGCAAUCUUCAGUGUUUCCGCCUGUAAGUUGCGCGCGCGAGUUGCAGUCGCCUGCGCCCUGGUCGCGAUCAGCGGAAAGGGGGGAGGACGAGACGGUGCCAGGCACCAACAAUCCUGGUCGGUCGAUCUACCUGAUUCUCCCUGAACGGGCUGAUCACCUGAGCUCCUUCUGCCGUAGCUGGAGCCUGGAGGUGGCUGGCGUCUUGCCCACCAACUUCGUCUCCCUCUCUCCCUCUCUCCCUCUCUCCCUCUCGAUCUAGUACGAGAGAAGAAGGAAGAUGGGUUUCGAGGCUGCCGCCGCUCCCUUGAUCGUGUCGUUCGGUGAGUUGCUGAUCGACUUCGUCCCGACCGAGAACGGCUUGUCGCUCGCGGAAGCGCCCGCGUUUAAGAAGGCCCCCGGCGGCGCGCCGGCUAAUGUGGCUGUGGGGAUUGCCAAGCUCGGCGGGAAGGUGGCGUUUAUCGGCAAGGUCGGGGAGGACGAGUUCGGCCGCAUGCUGGCGGGCGUAUUGGAGUCGAACAACGUGGAUGUCUCCGGCAUGACCUUCGACAAAAACGCGCGAACGGCGCUGGCCUUCGUGACUCUUAAAAUGAGCGGCGAGCGGGAAUUCAUGUUUUACAGGAAUCCCAGCGCGGACAUGUUGCUGACUCCGGCGGAGCUGGACAGGAAGCUCAUCGCCGACGCCGCCAUUUUCCACUACGGGUCGAUCAGCCUCAUCACGGAGCCCUGCCGGUCAGCGCAUGUCGAGGCCAUGAAGAUUGCCAAAGCGGGAGGAGCUAUCUUGUCUUACGAUCCGAACCUCCGUCUUCCCCUCUGGCCGUCCGCGGAGGCCGCCAAGGAAGGUAUCCUUAGCAUCUGGAAUGAGGCGGACAUAAUUAAGGUGAGUGAUGAGGAGCUCAUGUUCCUGACUGGCGCCAAGGAGGUCAGCGAGAAGGUUGCCCGCAGCCUGUGGCACGAUGGACUUAAACUCCUCCUGGUCACCAGGGGAGAGGAGGGUGCUGAUUACUACACCAAGACCUUGGGCGGACAUGUGGACUCGUUCAAGGUCAAAGCCAUCGACACUACCGGGGCAGGAGACGCAUUUGUCGCCGGACUGCUUGUCCGCGCUGCCGCGGAUCCUUCGAUCCUUGAGGACGAAGCGGAACUCAAGUCGACCCUGCGAUUCGCGUGUGCGGCGGGCGCUAUCACCACCACUGAGAGAGGAGCUAUCCCAGCUCUCCCUACCCCAGACGCUGUGCUCGCACUGCUCGCCAAGGAAGCUGCUAUCUGAUGAGAGUUGUCGAAAUUGCCUUAUUAAGUUAUUAGCCCUUUGACAUCUUUAAGCUCAUUCUC